AUGGGAAAUCCUUUGUCACUGAUGAGCUCGCAGAGAAAGACCAUCGCACUGCUUUUGUCUGGCUUCAGUCUGACCACGCACAGAGAGGAGUAUGCAAAGUACCCAGGAGAUGAGCGAGAGGACCGGGUCGCCAAACUUAAAACAUGUCUUCUGAGGCAACAAGAUUUUUUCAAGAAAGCCAAGAAAGAGAGUGAAGCGGCUCUCAAAGCUAGCUACGUGGUGAGUGAGAUGAUCGCUAAAGCAGGAAAGCCGUUCAAAGACGUUGCCUCCUCCCUCAAGCCAAAUGUGUCUCAGCUGUGUGAGAAGAAGCGCUGCCAAGUCUCUGGUAGCAAGGAGUAG